GAAAAUUUUGACAGCUGCUCUAUUUUUUAUUUAUACGGGAAAACAGUGGCCGAAAGUUUUCGUGGAUAAAUCUCGUAUUAACCUAUCGGAACAACACCCAGAAAUCCUCCCACUACGAUUUCCCGUUGGUGUAGGAAUUUAGGUGUUUUCUUUGAUACAACCAGAGUGCACGAGUGGCUAAAGCGAAUCAUUAGUGUUUAGUGUUUGAAGUGUAAAAAAAAGAGUUCAAGAAAUAGGAAAAGUCCAGCAAUUCGAUCUUGAAUCCAGAUACAGGAGGAAGAAAAGCGUAGUGCAAUAUAUAGGAAAGAAGAAAACCCUGCAAGAGGAAAAUUCGACACUCAGAUAACAUCAUCCUUUUAAGCGACAAGUUUGUCCUAGUGUGCGUGUGUACUGGUCAGUCGCAGCAGCAGCAGCAGCAGAGAACGAAGAGCAAAAGUUGGGAAAAUUCAGCACCACUACAAGCAGCAGCUAGAUAGAGAAAAGCGUAAACGGGAGGAGAGUUGCCAAUUGGAGCCUGUCCGAAAGGCGAAAGGACGACGAAAAACGCCAUAGAUAGUGUGUGGAAGAGGUCCCCGGUGAGAGAGCGAGCGCACGGUGCCAGCCAGAAAAGGAAUCCAUCCGAGAGGAUUAUCGAUAACGUAGGACACUCACACAGGCAACCGUUUCGGCAGGGAACAGAUUAGCCUGUGCCUGGUUUCGAGACUGCUCCAUGAACUGCUGCAGUUCGAUUCACCGUAGCUUGCCAAGGUGGAAACUCGGCAUCCAGGACUAAACCAGCAUCGGUUCAGAUCAGCCACAAACAGCGCCAUCUCGAGGAAAAAUGUCCUGGUGCUAGUGAAGUUACAAAUUGAUUUGGACGUAGACUAACCAGCAGCAGAUAACUGAAACAAAGACACGAACCCAGAAUUGAUGGAAAGCUGAACGACGUUCGGUGCAAAGUUCGAUUGAUCGUAGAGUUCUUGUCGGAACCGUCGGAUACAGCAGCUGGAGCUGCUCCCCCCGGGCUGCGGCACGCAUAAGCAACUGGAACUAUCGACUGGAUCGAUCGGCGGAAAAAAUAACUUAGAUAACAGAAGCAAAGAAGGAUAAAAAAACUUAGAUAAACCAUUAAACAAGUCUAGGUAGUAGGUUAAAACAAGAAGAAGAACGGUGAUCAUAAACAAAAGAAGAAGAAAAAAAAACAAAAAACAAAAGGAAGACAACCUUAGUCUAUCGUAGUAACUUAAAGAAAAGGCGAGCAGAGAGAUACUUAAACAUUAUUUAAUCAUCACACGCAUAUUUUAGCAUUAUCUACAACACGUAAAAGUCUAUAAAUAUCAAACCGAAGUAGCAAAGUAAAUUAAAGAAAACAAACCACACACCCACACCCACACACAGCUAGCAAAAAUGUCUUCGCAAACAGCAAGUCAACAAUCAACCAAUGCAACACCACAGUCGGGUGCGGCGGGGUCAACCGGAGCGGGCAGCUGCGGCAACGAUCGCAUCAUCGACAGCGUCCUGUUUCCACCGAAGCACAAGGUGACGAUGACCGAGGUGUUCGAUGCACACACCGGCAAGCCCCGCCCGGACGUGCUGAAGCAGCACUUCAUCCUGGAGGGGCGAAUCGAGGAGAACGCGGCCAUGCGAAUCAUCCAGGAGGGUGCGGCAAUCCUGAAGGCGGAAAGUACGAUGAUCGACAUCGAAGCGCCGGUUACGGUUUGCGGCGACAUCCACGGACAGUUCUACGAUCUGAUGAAACUGUUUGAGAUUGGCGGUUCGCCGGCUUCGACCAAGUAUCUCUUUCUGGGUGACUACGUAGAUCGUGGCUACUUCAGUAUAGAGUGCGUCCUGUAUCUGUGGGCACUGAAGCUGUGCUAUCCGACCACACUGUUCUUACUGCGAGGCAAUCACGAGUGUCGACAUCUAACGGAAUAUUUUACCUUUAAGCAGGAAUGUAAGAUUAAGUACUCGGAACGGGUGUACGAUGCAUGUAUGGAAGCGUUCGACUGCUUGCCGCUGGCAGCACUCAUGAAUCAGCAAUUCCUCUGUGUUCACGGUGGCCUCUCGCCGGAGAUCCAAGAGUUGGACGACAUUCGAAAGUUGGACCGAUUCAAAGAGCCGCCAGCCUUUGGACCGAUGUGCGACCUGCUCUGGUCCGAUCCGCUAGAAGACUUUGGCAACGAGAAGAAUUCGGACUUUUACUCGCACAAUACGGUGCGCGGUUGUUCGUACUUCUACAGCUACAAGGCCUGCUGUGAUUUCCUGCAGAACAACAAACUCCUAUCGAUCAUCCGGGCCCACGAAGCGCAGGACGCUGGUUACCGCAUGUACCGGAAGAGUUCGACCACCGGUUUCCCCUCGCUAAUCACAAUCUUUUCCGCUCCCAACUACCUGGAUGUCUACAACAACAAAGCGGCCGUGUUAAAGUACGAAAACAACGUGAUGAACAUCCGGCAAUUCAACUGUUCACCGCACCCGUACUGGCUUCCAAACUUCAUGGACGUAUUCACCUGGUCGUUGCCGUUCGUCGGUGAGAAGGUCACCGAAAUGCUGGUCAACGUACUUAACAUCUGCUCGGACGACGAGCUGAUCUGCGAGGGCGACGACACACUGGAGGAGGCGAACGCCCGCAAGGAGGUCAUCCGGAACAAGAUCCGCGCCAUCGGCAAGAUGGCCCGCGUCUUCUCCGUGCUGAGGGAGGAAUCGGAAUCGGUGCUACAGCUGAAGGGACUCACACCGACCGGCGCCCUACCGCUCGGUGCCCUGUCCGGUGGUAAGCAAUCGUUACAUAAUGCUCUGCAGGGCUUCUCACCUAACCACAAGAUUACGUCGUUCGCCGAGGCCAAGGGACUGGAUGCGAUCAACGAGCGGAUGCCGCCGAGGCGGGACACGACCCCGACGCCGAGCGAAGAGAAGUCCAUAUCGCUGGCGGCACCGAAAUAAUCAGCUUCCGGAGCGUCGUUGCACUCACCACCGCAGCAGGAGCAGAGGCAGUAGCCGCAGAAAAGGGGGAUGCACGGUUAGAUGACGACGAGACAACAGCAACAGCAGACGAGUCGGGAAGUAACAUCCAGAAACGGGAAGAAGCAAAAUAAAAACACACACACACAUAUACAUAUAAAAGAAUAAUAUAAUUGAAGCUACUAAAAAAAACCUAUUAUAAUAAAUUAUGGAAGAAAAAUUAAAAAUAACUUAAGUAAAGCCACUAAUAUCUUAUAUUUGAAGAAGAAAAGAAAAAAAAAAACAAAAUAUCUUGAGAGAACAUCGCGAACGCAGGUGAACGAAAAACAACUUGAUGAAAUAAAAUAAACAAAAAAAAAACAAACAAAAGAAAGAAGCAAAAAGUGUAAUAUGAGUAAGAAGAAUCUUCUAAUAGUUCACAAAUACACUCACACAAUACAAAUUGUUGCACUCACAUCCAUUAGAGGAUCAAAAGAGCCGGGGUUGAUGGAGAAGAAGAAAAAAACUACAUUUUUUGAACCGGCAAGCGGAAAAAUUUUGCCUGCAAACAACCGAACCGUUUUCGUUUUGUUUUCGUUUUGUCGUUUUGUCUUUGAGUUGUGCAUUUCCUUCCUGCAUUCUAUAAGCGAAACAUUUGGAAUUUAAAAAAAAAACAUAGGUAUAAAACAGCGAUUGAUUAGAACAACCAGUUUAAUAUGAAUCACGGAAGUCGAACGGAACUAUUUUAGCGAGUGAAGAAGGUUCAGAAGCAGCGGAUGAAAGAAGACGAAACAGAAAACAGAAAAAAACAUUUGAAUUAUUGUUGAUGUUUUUUAGCUAAACAAAAUGUAACACGAUUUAUGGUUGCUAUGGUUCGCCAUAACAACACAAACAAAACAGUCCUUUUUGAAUUGACACUUUUGAUCUCUCGAAAUGCUCUACCACGCCACGCGCCACCCACCCACAGCAGCUGUGGCAGUAGGCCGUGGUCGUGCGUACUUCUUUUACGCGCUUCGCACUUUGACAGUUGUGCUCUUUGCUCUCGCCCCCGCGCAAAUGCCGAGUGCAUUUUUGCUCUAAUUUCGCGUGCAAACUUUACCCACGGAAACUCGCUCGCUCGCUCGGUCGCUCGGUGCCAUUUUUCCUAUUUUCCUGAAUUCCGAAAAUUCCGGUUUGUCAUCGAACGAACAACGCACAUCACAAGGUGAAAAUCUUGUGUGAAGUGAGGAAAAAUUAACAAUAACAACAAUAAAUUCUGAUGGAGAGAAAAAAUAUUUAAUGAUUAAUAACCAUAAACACAAAAUUGUCAGGUUUCUCUAUUACCGCUUGAACACUUUUCUACUAGAAAGUAUCGCCAAACAAACAAAAAAAACGCUGUUGAUGAAUCCUUUCAUUCCAUCACAACCGCGCAGAAUACAAGUAACGUUACUCUCACACUCUCACAAGCAGCAAAAUUUAAACCCUUUUCAAGUCACGUUCAAACUAUCAUUAAACAAAACAUUAAAAGAGCGAAAACCUAACCUCUAAACCUUAGGGCAAUAGUUAGCAGAAUGAUUUGAAUCAAAUGAGCUAGGAAAAUGUGAAACAAAAAAAAACAACUAAAACCAGAUGUGCAUGUGUUUAAUUGAAACGAACACAACAACAAUGAAAAAAACUCUCCCACACACAUACACACAGUAGAAGUGGAAAUUUAAACAACACAAAAAAGAUCGACUCUAACUCUUUCGGUUCCUCGCCGCUUCUGUUGUUCGUUUCACGUGUUUUAAUUCCGAAAUCGUGCGCGAAAUAGAACGUCCCCUUUUACUGUAAGAAAGAAUAUUUCAUACACACCUAUACUAACACACAUACAUUGACACUCACUCAAACACUCACUCACACACACACACACUAUCCGAACCGCGAACAACAAAACGUCGAAGCAAGAGAUGAAGAAAACAAAAAAACAAGCUUAACACUAAUUAGUAUGGAAUCAAGUCUAAGAAAUAAUCUAUUUAAAUGAGCUGACACAAUGGAGAAACAAAAAAAAAACAAGCGAAACAGCUGAAGCAAGCAAGGUAAAAUCUAACAGUUAAGUCGUAAGUGUAUAAUUGAUUAAUUGAUAAGUAAAAUAAUUUAACAGAAUUAAAACAAAACAAAAAAAAACCAGAAGAAGAAGAAGCGCGAAAUAAAAAGGAAACGAGAGAGCGAAACAAAAACUCGAACGUGUCGAAUGAAAGAAGGCGAGAAUUAAGUUUAGAAAACAGAAAAACAAAAAAAAGCGGAAGGUAAUUAUUGUCAUAUUAUUGAAUCUAGUUGCGAUCGAUUGACAAAAACUGUGUAGGAAGUGAAGAAAACAAAGCAAAAAACAGAAAAAUAAGAAUCUUAUAUAGAGAAGCAUUGAAUUUAACAAAAACAGAAAACCAUGCAUCUGCAAAGCAAAAAAAAAUAUGUCUAUAACAAACAAACAAACAAACAAACAAAAGAACAAGCAAGUAGCGACAGAGAACUUCACACACACACACGUACGUGAGAAUAUUUUCAUUAUUUUAAACGAUUCUCUAAACUCUAAAUUGAAAUAGUUAAAAUAGAGUGAAAGUGAAAGGAAAGAAGUAAAACAACACAGUAGUAGUUCAUUAAGAAAUGGUGAAAAAAAACAACAGAACAAAAACUUCCCCCCUUCCGUGUUUAAACAAUAUUUGCGUGCGCUUUUCUCAAACGGAAACAACCUAUAACUAGCAGGCAAGCUUGCAGUUAAGAAGAGAGUUUACAACAACAAACGUACUUUUUACUUAAAUCCUGGUUGGAAUUUUUAAUGGCUAAGUUUUAUCAUUAGUGUAAUACUUUUUAUUCAACCUGUUGUUAUGUUAGUAAAGAAAGAAAAGAAAAAAACAAACAAACAAACCGAAAUAUUUAUGUUUACUGCUAGUUCUUUCAUCAUCGUAAUCGAAAAAUGUGUAACCUAAACAAAAGCAAAAUACAUUGUUAUAGUGUGUAGAAAAGAAAAAAAAAUCACAAACCGAGAAAACAGAAAAAGUUUCAUCGCUAACAACACUCACACACAGAGAGAAACACCCACACCCACACAAUGUCCGCUAAUCUGGCGCUAGCUAAUAAAACUAUGAAUUUUGUACUUUCUACUACCUUCUACCGAGACAAAAACAAACAUAAAACUAACAUAAAACCAAAAAAGCAUAAUAAGAAGAGACGAAAAAGCUAAGCAAAAAAACAACCAUUACAACUCUGUCAUCAAAACUUCUAUUCUAAGAAUCAUAAUAAAAGUUAAAAUUUGUUCUUCUAUUCUAAAAAAAAAACAAAGCAAGCGUGCUAUCGCUUUUGUUUCAUUUAUUUUUACGAUUCCUUUCUUAGCGCAAAAAAAACAACAAACUUUCACACAAACACCUACACUCAGGUUGUUCCCCCCCCUCGGUCCUUCCACCCACACCCCCUCUUUCGUUUUGGUUUCUGCGUUUCGUUCGCUUUCGUUCGUUUCCUUUCCAAUCAGGGUUGGGACGACCCCCCGUGCGUUGUUGCCUUCGAACACUUAUGCGUCGUUUUUGCUUUGGUUUUGGUUUCGGUU